CUUCGAUGGAACACAUUCGUCAGGCAGUUUGCGAAUUUCAGCUACAAUCUCCAGCUCACUUCGAACUCGGGCUUGAGGUGCACCAGAUCAACGAACAGACAAACACCUCGGAAGCCAUCGUUAACGUCUUGUUCCAGGGCAACACUGCCGAGGGCCACAUCAGUGUUCCAUGCAAAUGCCGUGUCGUGUUGCGCAGACGCCGUACGAAGGCAAAAUUGUGGAAGUGCAUUAUUGUCACCCAAGACCAGAGUGUGGAGGCCCUCAAUCACUUCUUGAGCUCAAACUUUCCCAUUAUCGACGUACCCUUACGAGCAGAUACCUUGUGGUUCUGGUGGCUGAACAACGGCAAGAAUUUCAGCUGGACCGACUUACCCACCGAGCUUAAAGAGCGCGUCGUUGAGUUCUGUAUGCACCAGCCCCACACCCAUGGCAUCUAUAGCGAAAAAUUCGCACGCUUCGGCAUGCGCUACAAAAAUGACCGCAGGAUUCGGAAACCCGGGCCUUUCGAGAUCGUCGACCAGCUAGGAGACUGGUACCAGAUACUCUACGUCUCGCACCAAGUGAGAGCUAUCACACUGCGACUCUGCAUUACUGGUGGCAGCAGCCUGAUUCACUCCAAAGGCUUGUGCAUCACAGCAUCCUCCUACCGGACACUCACCGAACGCAUCGACCGUCUCGGAGAGUACUAUCAGAUGAUCGAGCCACACAGUGUGCCGACUACCUCCAGCGAGCAGGCUCUAUCAAAAUGCUACCGCCGCUUUCCCCACAUCUACCCUGAACUGAAACAAUACGCUACCUUCCGUCACGGCAUCCAGAAGAUAAGCCUCAGUAUGGACUUCCUGUCGUUCAUGCACUUCUUCAAAGUCAAGGCUGGAGGCUUUCAACGUUAUCAGAAAUCCCAAGGCUUGACGUACCACACGUUCGAACGCCUUCCGAAUCUCAAUGAAAUUGUCAUCAAGCUGCCGCUGCGUCCGCGCGAGGGCUGGAAGUAUACCCCACACCCUGGAGGCAUUCAGCUAUUUCACGAGGAAUCACCGUGUCCUCGAAGCUUACACAGGGUGAUAUACGAGCGAGUCGCCGAGGUUCUUGCUUCUUUCAAGGUGACAAUGCGGAACUUCAUCGACGAUAAUGAGGAACAGCGCUUCCUAGCAUGCAGGCUAGAGGCAGUUGAGGCAUUAAAGUUUACCAGGCUCGAGCUCGAGGAGCUGUAUGCCGACGAUGGAGGGGGCGUUGAGUUGCCGGAGGGGAUGGAGCGAGAGAUGGGAUUGCCAAGGAUCAAGCAACAGGAUAUGGGUGGUGAGUACCUUGACGACUUUCAGGAUGAGCUCUUUCCUCCUCUGUGUCACUGUGACGAGCCUUGCGCUUUGUCUCUUGUGCUGGGGGCGUCAGUGCAUCAUUGAAAGAAUCAGAAGGAGAUAAG